GUUCCUAGUGCAGGGAUAAUGCAGUCAAACUGGAUUGCUACUCGAAUUAUAUUUAUUUCUUCUUAUUGCAGUACUUGACCCAUUUUAGCAGCCACCUGUGGCGACGCGCGGGGCAUGUCUUUGAACGCCCCACAGCAAACCAAAAUCUCUUUUUCAGAUCGUCUUGAAUCCUAGCUCAAGAACGGCGCUCUACUUCAUUCCAAGAAUCUCCCCCCCCCGUUAUACAUAAAUUAGCAUUACUGUAAAGAACGAAUUCUCGACAUCCAUCCGUAGCUAUCUCAGGCAGUUAGGCAGGUAUCUGGGGGGGAGUGCAGCACCGCCGAGAACCAUGCCCCGCCUCAGGAAGCCGAAACAGCAGGCGCUGGAAGCCACUCUGGGCCAACCCCGGGUUAGAGCACCGGUAAAGUCUUCCAAGACGAAGUCACCCCAAAAGUCAGGUUCCUCGCCGUCGCAGCAUCAAAGCUCCGGCAGUAAGCGCCAGCGUGUUGUCCAGUUCCUGUCUGCUUCCUCAGAUAAAAAUGACGACGGGAAAUGUAGCGCUGGCGGGGAGGACCUUGACGAGGAUGUCGACCUACCUACUAGGAAGAGGACGCGGAGCAGUGGUCCUUCCCCUCGACGCCAACCAGUGUCUUCGAGAUCUCCGCCGAAAAAGGGAGACCCUGUCUCGUCUUCUCAGAGUCGUCGGCGGGCCCGAGUGGCGGAUAGUGACGACGACGACGAUGACGAUGGCGACAAGCCCCUUGUUACUCCGAUAUCAAGUAGUCGUUCAAGCCGCAAAGAGGUUUUUGCCUUGGAGGACAGUGAUGAGGACGAAGAGCAGCAACAGCGGCAGGUUUCUUCCCCCAUCAAGCGGAGACGAUUGAUCCAGAAAAAGGCAUCCAGCCCCCCCUCGGCGGCCAUUGGCGCCGGAGAUUCCGAGGACGAGAACGACAUCACUCCCCGGAAACUCGCAUCACCGUCCGCCGCAUCAAGUAGGAGAACGCCGCGCAAGCCACGCACGGAAAAGGAGAAGGCCAGAGAGCGCCUCCGCCGAAGGCGGGCCGGCGAGAAGAUCGAGGAGCUCUCGUCCGAGUCAUCCGACCCGGAAACGAAGAAACCAAUCUACGACACAGAUUCGGACAAUCCGGCCCUAACUAGUUUUGAUGACGACGACGAAGGGGUUAUCCAGUAUGGAAAAGCUGAAGCCGCCCAAGAUUCAUCAAAGAAGUCCAAGAAGAAAGAUAAAAAGGGUAAAGCCAAGCUUUCGCUGAGCAAUGAAAGCGACAGUGCAGCAGCCAGCGAUGGGGAAGGGUCCGGGUCCGACAAGAGCAUAGAAAAUUUUGUCGUGGAAGACGACGAAGCCCCUAUCGGGGUGCCGGCCGACCUGCUCGUGAACAUGCCGCUUCAAUUCACGGCGCACUCUCACAAGCCCAUGAAGGAGCACUUCCGAGACGCUGUGGAGUGGCUGGUACUCCGAAAAAUCAACCCCGGCUUCGAGAAGGAUCACGAACUUUACAAGAUCGCCUGGAAAAAGCUUGACGAUGAAGUUCGCGGCUUGGCGCAGUCAAAGUUUGCGUCGUCUGCGUGGAAGAAGGAUUUCUUGAUGGCCCUGCGCGCCAGACCAGAACUUACGAACGCCGAGCUGCCUGGUGGCGAUGCCCACGAGCUUCAAAAUUGCGGCGCCUGCGGUCGCAGUAAUCACCCAGCCAAAUGGGUAUUGUCGUUCUCCGGGUCGCCCUACUACAAGGAGACCAACAAGGAAUAUUUUCUCGAGGAUGUAGAUGUAGAUUCAUCAGGCUCAUCAUCUUCGCAUCGUGAUGACGAGGAAGAGGAAGAGGACGUGGACGAGGAUGGGAACCCUAUUCCGAAGGAGGCCAAACGAUGGUUUAUUGGAUCCGUGUGCAGCUCCAACGCUGUUACGGCCCACAACUUGAUCCACUGGAAGCACGCGCUGAUGGACUGGGUCGAUGCGACUCUCGAAAGAGACGGGUACAUGCUGCCUGGCCAGCUACAGAAGCGGGCCAAGAUGAAACCUAGGAAGCUGUACCAAACUGCCGACAAGAUCCUCAAAGCCUGGGCCGAGAGGGGUCUCAUAAGCGAUCUUUACCGCGAGUUCAAGAACAACAUCGAGAAUGCACGGAACAAGAGAACAUCGGGCCGGUAGCAGCGGUAGCUAGGUUGGACGGAGUCCAGCGGUUUGGUAAUGUAGAAAAUGUGAAUACUAUUUGUACAAGCACAAUGGAACGGACG